AUGGCGGAUAAUCAAGACUUCUUUUUCUUCCAUAUCCCGGACCCGGCUUUCCGGCGGAGGAUUAUCAAAGAUGGACCCCUCACAGUGGCGAGGGUUCCUCUCAUCUUACGGCAAUGGCAGCCACUUAUGGAUUUGAAGAAGGACAAGCAAACCGCCGUACCGGUUUGGAUUAGGUUGAAGAACCUUCCCCUUGACUUAUGGUCCGCUUCGGCUAUUGGUGGUAUUGCAAGUGCAGUUGGGAAGCCCCUCUAUGUUGACCAACGCACGGAGGAAAUGAAGAUGCUAUCCUUUGCAAGGGUUUGUGUUGAAAUCUAUGCCAAUCAACCUAGAUGCUCCGCCGUUGAUGUGGUUUUGAAUGGGGUCUCGCGCUCUAUUGUAAUUGAAUUUGAAUGGAAGCCACUUGAAUGUCCUUCAUGUGGCACCUUCGGCCAUAGAUGUGAGGAUAAUGCUACCGUUCAUAGCACAGACAAAGGGAAGCUGCCGGUUCUUCCUGCAUCCGACCAUACCCCCUCUAGCCAUCCUGGUCUCGAACUUCCUGCCCCAAUUCAGGCUCCUGAACCAGCUCCGGUUUUGGAGGAGAAUCCCGAAGUGUCGCAGCAUGGUUGGAGCCAGGUGAAGGGGAAAAAAAAGAAGGCCUUGCUCUUGAAGGAUGGUUCCCUAGGCCGAAUGCCCUUAUCCAGCGAAGUGGGAAGCUCGUUGAAGUUCAAGGACUCCACUAGUGAGUCGAUGCUGGAGUCUUCUCUUCCUAACCCUGUUGAGGAAAGGCCUAGCUUGGAACAAGAGGAUCCAGCCUCUCAUCUUGUGGAGGACAAGGACCAUAAUGAAGCUACCAAUUUCGGUCUUGGUGCUGAUAGGGAUUCAGUGCUUUUGGAAAGCUAUGUUAGCUUUGAUGAUGACUUACUAUCGCCUGCCUCGUCACCGAAGGCCCCUACUACUUCUAAGAAGGUGGAGUCCAUCCAAGACAAGCUCUUGGCCCUUGAUCUAGCUCCUCCUCCGGUUGCGAAUCCAUCUACUUCGGUGGCCACAUGA